AUGUCUUUCGAGAAGAUGAACUGCGACGAUGAAGGAUGCGAGUACCGCCGCGAUGCGUUGCCGUGGAUGGAUUGGAGAACGGCGUUGUUCGGCGUCACCGACAAGCGGCCUCCAUCUCGACAAGCAGCGAUGCAGCUCAGCAAUCCUCAUCUCCUGCUCAUUCGGAUGUUUCCGUACUGCACGUUCCCAACGCAACCUCUGAUAGUCUCUGUGAAGCCGCUCGACGGCUCAGAGUUCGAGUCACGACGUCACGACGCCUCAACCAUAAAAGCAACGGGCUUGCGAUGCGGCAUCGGCAGCACGGUUAUUAACAGCCAUGAUCCUCCAACGUUCAUCGCGUGCAGCGAUAAGACGGGCACCGCUGCUGCAUCGUAG